AGUACGUAUUACUGGUAAAGAAGGUUCUGGCUUCAGGUGCAUGCAUCCAGCACCCCCUUCGUGUCCUAUAUAAACCGCCCCGGAUCGCUCAGUGUCCAGCACACAAAGGCAGCACUGCCCAAACCACCUCUUUGGCCUCUACUGCGAACCGCCCUUAAGCAGCAGCGCAGACACUGAAAUGGCUCAGAUGCUCUCCGCCAUGGCCAUGAUGGACGCCGUCCCCUCCGCCUCCUCCAUUAUGCAGCAGCCGAAGGCGCAGGACAUCUCCACCGUGGACGCGCCGCUGUCGGGCUCCGGCUCCGGCAUCACGGUCGUGUCCAGGCACGCCGUGCGCCCGGACGGCCCGCCGUCGGCGGUCGGGGACCUGACGCUCUCCGUCUCCGACCUGCCGAUGCUGUCGUGCCACUACAUCCAGAAGGGCCUCUUCUUCCCCGCCCCUGACGUCCCCAUGGCCUCGCUCGUCUCGCUGCUGCUCUCGUCCCUCUCCCGCGCGCUCGCCGUCUUCCCGGCGCUCGCGGGCCGCCUCGUCACUCUCCCCGACGAUCGCAUCGUGAUCCGUUGCAACGGCGCCGGGGUCGAGUUCCACCACGCCGUGGCGCCGGCGCUGUCGCUGGACGACUUCCUCGUGCCCAACGCGGACGUGCCGACCGGGCUGACCAAGGACCUGUUCCCCAUGGACCGCACCGUCAGCUACGAGGGCCACCGCCGCCCUCUCACGUCGUUCCAGGUCACCGUGCUCGGCGACGGCGCCGUCUUCAUCGGCAUCGUCGCCAACCACGCCGUCGUGGACGGCACCUCCUUCUGGCACUUCUUCAACGCCUGGGCCGCCCUGUGCCGCGGCGCGUCGCCCAGGAUCCCGGACUUCCGCCGCAACUUCUUUGGGGACUCCAAGGCCGUCCUUCGUUUCCCCGGCGGCGUGGGCCCCGCGGUGACCUUUGACGCGGACGCGCCUAUCCGGGAGCGGAUCUUCCACUUCAGCAGGGACGCGAUCCGCGAGCUCAAGGCACUAGCCAACCGUCGGCCGUCGUCGUCCAGCGCUGCAGCUGCUGCUGGUGGUCAGGACGCCGAGGUGUACGGCAAGAUGGCCCACGACCCGAAGAACACCGAGGGCGAGAUCUCGUCGUUCCAGUCGCUGUGCGCGCAGAUAUGGAUCGCGACGACGCGCGCGCGGAAGCGGCUGGCGUCCGACGCGACGACGACGCUCCGCGUGGCCGUGAACUGCCGCCACAGGCUGCGCCCGGCCAUCUCCGCGGCGUACUUCGGCAACGCCAUCCAGAGCGCGCCCACGACGGCCACGGUGUCCGAGCUGGCGUCCGGCGACCUGCGGUGGGCGGCGGCCAGGCUGCACGCGAGCCUUGCGGCGUACGGCGACUCCGCGAUCCGGGGCGCGGCGGCGGCGUGGCAGGCGGCGCCGCGGUGCUUCCCGCUGGGCAACCCGGACGGGGCCGUGGUCACCAUGGGGAGCUCCAACCGGUUCCCGAUGUACGAAGGGAACGACUUCGGCUGGGGCCGGCCGCUGGCGGUGCGCAGCGGCCGGGCCAACAAGUUCGACGGGAAGAUGUCGGCGUUCCCGGGCCGCGCCGGGGACGGCAGCGUGGACAUCGAGAUUUGUCUGGAGCCUGACACGAUGGCGGCGCUGCUCCGCGACGCCCAGUUCAUGCAGUACGUGUCGUGCCCGUCGCAUCUCUUGUGAUGUGUACGGUACUACGUGGAGGAGUACCGGUGCGGGGCUCGCGGCCGUGCGUGCGCAAGUGGGGCCACGUACCGUGACAUGUCUCGUGCCGCGCAGCCUUUUCGGAACUAGUUUGGGGCGCGUGCAGGAUGAACCUGUUUCGGGGUGUGCGGGUACUAGUAGUCGUACUGCUUGGAUUGACUAGUUAGGCAGCUGCCGUUUGCUAAGGAAGAUGGAUUGCGUGGAACGAGUAACGUAAAAUAAGUUUGUGAAGUGUUUGAUUGCACAGUAUUAUUGUGUUCCCCUUAAUUAGUGUUGAUUUUAUCACUUGUAUUCAGAAACAGUUCUUUUAGCACUCAUCAUUUGGGUUUGGAAUCCAAGAAUUAAUUUUGAAUUUCAA